AAAUGAUUUAAUCUGAAGAACAACAAUGCAGUAAUAACUCAAUUAAUACUCUACAAUAAUAUGGAAACUAACUUGAAUAAGCAAUUAUUUAAAAGCAAUAAUCAAUUGAAGCUUAGAGGAUUAGAUUUUUUGAGAUAAUAAAAAAGUAAAAGAUUUAAAAUAGAUUAGGAUUUCUUAUGAUUUUGAUGUGCAUAAUAUUGAACCUUAAGAUAUUGAGAAAUAUUUAAAAUCUAUAGCUUUGAUAGAUGAGGAUUUUGAUGAACCAUUAAUAAAAAAGAAAAAUAAAAAUAAUAUAAUUCGCAUUAAAAUGGUUUAAGAAUAGUAAGUUACAUAAGAAGUGCCAUAAAAGUAAAAAAGAAAAUAUACAAAGAAAUAAGGAUCAGAGGAGAAACAAUAAUAAAAAAGAAAGAGAAGAACAAAAAAAGAAAUGGAAAAAGCAAAAAUUUAAGAGUAAACUUAAUUAUGA